AUGGCGCAAAUUCGAGGUACUGCAGGCUACAACCUUGGCCACCAAAACCCGUUCGGUGGCCCCGGCAGCGCAGCUGCAACAAACGACCCAAGCCCCUUGGAUACCAUCCGUGAACACACAAGCAAGAUCGAGGAUUGGCUGGACACCCUCUCGGAUCCUAUCAAGCCGUACCUGCCCGCCAUCGGUCGUUUCUUGAUUGUCGUCACUUUCCUCGAGGACAGCUUGCGCAUUCUUACACAAUGGAGCGACCAGCUUCUUUACCUGCGUGACUACCGCAAAAUCCCCUGGGGUCUCACUCACGCUUUCCUCAUCCUCAACGUGGUAACUAUGACGAUAUGCUCCUUGCUCGUGAUUGGCCGUAAACACGCGGAGAUAGCUGUCGCCGGUCUCCUCGGUGUCGUUAUUGUCCAGGGCCUCGGUUACGGACUCAUCUUCGAUCUCAACUUCUUCUUGCGCAAUCUGAGUGUUGUCGGUGGUCUGCUCAUGGUUCUGUCCGACUCAUGGGUUCGCAAGAAGUUUGUCCCCGCCGGACUGCCCCAGCUGGAUGAGAAGGAUCGCAAGAUGUACGUCCAGUUCGCUGGUCGUGUCCUGCUUAUCUUCCUCUUCAUUGGUUUCGUUUUCUCCGGCCAGUGGGGUCUGUGGCGCGUGGUUGUCAGUCUGUUUGGCUUCGUCGCUUGCGUCAUGGUCAUUGUCGGCUUCAAGGCCAAGUUCAGCGCCAUCCUCCUUGUCCUGCUCCUGAGCGUGUUUAACAUCCUCGUCAACAACUUCUGGACCCUGCACCCCCACCAUCCUCACAAGGACUUCGCCAAGUACGACUUCUUCCAGAUUCUGUCCAUUGUCGGAGGUUUGCUCCUCCUGGUGAACAUGGGCCCCGGCCAACUGAGCAUGGACGAGAAGAAGAAGGUCUAUUGA